AUGAUAUGGCAAAAUCUAUUGCAAGAGUUGUCUGCGGUACUGCAGGUGAACCCUGGUGCACUUAACCUUGAUGCGAGCUUCGUUCAGAACGGCGGGCAUUCUCUCAGUGCAGUGGACUGGGCGGCGCGCCUCAAGAAACAGGGCAUUUUUAUAUCCGUUGGACAAGUUCUUUCUUGCUCUAAUUUAAACGAACUGUUUAAAAGUUUGCUGCUGCCGUCACAAUCUGAAGCAGAGGGUCAAACACCCCCAGAAUUUUCGGGCAAUGGCACUAUAUCCUCGAGCACAUCGUCUCCUUGCCUUUCAACGCCGCCAUCGAGCGACGUGUCUACGACCGAUGGGGAUAGCUCGAUGAGCUCUCAAUUUCUCUUGUCUGAUGCUCUAAUGGACGAGGGUAAAACUGCCCCGCUGAGUGAGAUGCAGGCCUCCCUCUUACAUGGUUCCCUUAAGAACCCAGGAACGAACAUCAUCCACCAUUACGAAACUUACCCGACAAAGAUAAUUCCACGAUUCAAGGAGGCGUGGAAGGCUGUCCUCGAAGCAGAACCAAUAUUUCAGUCAUCCACUCUUUUACUGCCAGGACAAGCGCAAGAAAUAUUUGUGUGGAAGGAACUCACUGUAGACACAGCGGCUGAGUAUCACAGACAGAUGCAAGCCGUGCCUGUUGAAAGUUCCACUUCCUCCUUUACCGUGAUCCAUCAAUGCUACGAGGGUACCAGUGAUGCCCGAACCACUAUUAUAUGGACUGUUCACCACGCAUUGGUAGACGGCUAUUCUGCCAUGCUAUUAUUUCACAAGGUCCGUCGGGUCGUCGCCGGACUGUCCAUCUCCCCUGGCCCGUCGUUCUCCCAAAUCGAGCAGCAAAUCAACACAUGGCGCCGCACGCAUAAGGCCGAGGGUGAUGAGUACUGGUCCAAGCAGGCAUCGCUCCUCCAACAGGCCCAGGGGGAUCCCCUCUUGCCAGAACCGCAGCGGGAUCCCGUAUCAACGCCACCGACCGAGAGCGAAGAAGUCCUCAUCGCCAGCAACAUCUCACAAGCACAGCUCCAGACUGCGAGCCAGGAGCUUGGAGUAACACCAGCUAUUUUUUACUAUGCAGCGUGGGCGUUCGUGCUCAGUCUCUAUACGGACUCAGGUUCGGUGGUUUUCGGGGCGGUCAUGGCAGGACGCAAUCUCCCGUUGCAUGGGAUUGACGAGGUAGUUGGACCAUUGAUCAACACCCUUCCUCUGUGCAUCAAGCUCGAUGAAAGGCAGUCAGUACGUGACUGCCUCCGGAGCCUUUUCAGUCAGGUUGUCGAAUUGGCCGAGUACCAGUGGACAACUCCGAACAACGGAUAUUCUCGAACAUUUGCCUCGGCGAUGGCAAUGCAAGUGCCUGAGCCAGACGUUCCAGAAGGUCCGUUACCACUGGAGCCGCCAUACACUCGACAGACAAUGGACGUCCCGAUAAGUAUCAAUAUUAUGACAAAUGGAGCGGCCCGCUUCAUCUACCAUACGGCUCGUUACAGCCCAGGGGAUAUGACCCGGAUCAGCAACUACUUUCACCGUGCCCUGCAGCUUCUCCUCCGCCCACAUCAGACAGUGAAAGAGUGUAUGCAGGGGAUGCUUGCCUGUGGUGACCUGGAGACCUUGAUGACAUUUGGAAACUGUCAUUCAGGACUAACUACGGCCAUUACGGUCCAGGAUGACUUAGUGACACUAUUCGAAUCUGCUGCGUCGCGACAUCCUGCCGCCAUUGCGCUUCGAAAAGGCCGUCAUGAACUAGAGUACCAAGAAAUAGAUGCCUCUGCCAGUCGAGUGGCAGCCUCUUUACGCAAUCACAUUUCCGAUGGUGAGGUUGUCUGCCUUCACGCAGACCGUUCCAUGCACUGGAUUGUCGGAAUGAUGGGCAUCCUGAAAGCCGGCGGAGUUCUUUGCGCCGUGGAUGCAGCUCUUCCCCCAGAGGCGCGAGAUGUCAUCUUCGCUGCGUCAGGAGCUACUGUCUUUCUAGUCCCUAAUCAAGCAGAUGAGCAUUUGCAGCCCUCGGCUUGUGAACUUGCACUGGUGAUUGCGGAAAUUAUUGAGAGCGACCAGACGCCCCUGGCCCCCCGCCGCUUGCCCCGUCCCGCCGACAACGCAUAUCUUUGCUUUACCUCCGGGUCAACGGGAAAGCCCAAGGGGGUGAUGUGUAGUCACGAAGGGCUGGUCGCAUUUCAGCGUGAUCUCGAAGUGCGACUCUUUGCGCAACCGGGCCAGCACAUUGCGCAGACCAUGUCAGUUGCAUUCGACGGCAGCAUCCACGAGAUCUUUUCGGCACUUAGCUACGGUGCCUCACUGGUUCUGCAGAGCGGUGGAGAUCCAUUUGCGCAUCUGCACGAUGUGGACACAGCUAUUCUCACCCCAUCAAUGGCUCGCGUGUUGGAUCCGGCAGAUUUCGACCGAUUGGCUAAUGUAUAUCUCGUCGGAGAGCCCGUGCCAACAGAGGUCGCCGAUAAAUGGGCUCGGCACAAAACACUCUACAACAUGUACGGUCCGACAGAGGGCACCUGUGGCGCGACAAUCAAGCGCCUCUUGCCGCAACAGCGAGUGACAAUAGGGACCCCAAACCCUUCGACCCGGCUAUAUAUUAUGAAUCGACAGCAGGAGCUUCUCCCUCCCGGCGUCCUUGGAGAAAUAUACAUAGCUGGCGUUCAAGUUGCCCGCGAGUACAUCGGGAUGCCCCAACAGACCGCUGAACGAUUUCUACCAGAUCCGAUCCGAAAAAUAGGCGAGCGUAUGUAUCGCACUGGAGAUAGGGGUUACUGGACGAGCAAUGGCGAGGUCGUCUGCCUUGGUCGUUCUGACCGCCAGAUCAAGCUGCGCGGCUUCCGCCUUGACCUAGACGACUUGGAAGCCCGCAUGAUACGAGCGGUACCAGCUGUGACAGCCGUCGCAGUCACUCGGCAGGGUGAUCAUCUUGUUGCUGCGGUUCUGCCCGCCUCAGUUGACGUGUAUGCAUUUGCGGCGCGCGUGGCCCAGAUAUUACCCCCCUAUGCGACACCUCGCAAAAUUGUCGCCCUUGAUGAUUUCCCGACCACCAAAGCGGGGAAGCGGGACUAUCAGGCGCUUGCAAAAAUGAGUAUAAAGGCUUCCGCAGCCAUGGGUCGUCCGUUGCACACCCCUUUGGAGAGAGAGGUGGGGAACGCCUUUCGGGAGGUCCUUCGGCUAGCCCCCGAUACCAGGCUCAACACCUAUUCCAGCUUCCGCGAAUUAGGUGGCCACUCGUUACUACAGCUGCUUUUGGUCACCCGUCUAAGCCAGGCUGUGGGUCGUCAAGUUCCCCUGCGUUUGGUAGUACAGCAUGACCGCAUUGAGCAGCUCGCAUCAGCCAUUGAAAAAGGUCCCUCUCUGCCUCAGCUUCUGGCACUGGACGCGAACACACUGGGGCAAUCAAUGCUUUCUCCAAUGGAACAAGAGUGGUGGCAGAAAUAUCAAGCCCAGGAGAGCACGUCUAGUUUCAAUGUUAGCUUCAUGGCCAAAAUCGACAGCGACGUUGUUGACCGUGUCCGCCUUGCCGACGCCUGCAACGCAGUCUUGUCCCGGCACCGCAUCCUGCGUUCUCGCUACGUCUUCUCUCAGAAAUCAAGGACCGUGAGGCGCCAGUACAGCCACCUGCCACCACGUGUCCGGCAUAUCAAAGUCAUGGAUCCCUGGAUCGAGAUCAACCGACCCUUCGCAUUGACGCACCUGCCCCCGAUUCGCGCCGCUCUUUCAGGGUCUCACCUUACCCUUACCAUGAGCCAUAUCGUCGCUGACCUAACGACUAUGCAGAUACUUCUGCGUGAGAUCUCUACCCACUACCGCGGCGGCACCCUUCCGUGCAACUCACAGUCGUACAUGAACAGUACUCUCUGGCAAGAUAAGCCAACCCCCUGCGACCUGAUCUUCUGGUCUGAAUGUCUCGGGGAGCAGCCGCCCACCACACACCUUCUCGGCCACGCAGUCCAUCGCCGGGGUUACCACGGAACCUCUGCUUUCUGUGAGAUUUCCCAGUCCGUGUACCAAGCUAUGCUUGGCUUCUUCAAACAGUUCUCCAUCACACCUCAACAGCUGGCUCUGGCCGCUGUGGCCCUCUGUCUUGACGAUCCCUCCACUGUCCAUCCUUCCACUGAUAUCGUUCUCGGGCUUCCCUACAUCAACCGGAAAUCCAAUGAAGAUCUAGACAUUGUUGGUCUUUUUCUGGAACCCUUACCCGUACGUAUUCGCUAUAGCCCUGGAACUGAGUCCGGGUCCUACCUUCACUCUGUCCAGAGCUCCGUCCGCGCCUCGGUCAGCCACGCCAUACACUGGGAUCAGCUUCUCUCACAUCUUCAGGCCAAAUCCACUCCGCCAGAUCAUCCCCUCUUCGAGACGGUGGUGACUUUCCACAGCCGCAGUCAUUCAAAUGGCCUAGAGCUCUCCGUUCCAGGGUUUCAGACCUGCUACACUUUUCCCCAAGGCGCCAAGUUCCGCCUUUUAUGUGAAUUCAGCGCACUAUCUGAGGAUAAGCUACUACUGAGAAUGGAAUAUGAUCGAGAUUGCUUCUCUGAAGAGGAUAUUUGGCUCAUACAAAGACGGAUAUCGCUAGCCCUGGCAUUACUGGUGCAGGACGUCCCCUACGAGCGCAUUAGGGACAGAUUGGUGGAUUUGGCUGAUGUGCCCGAACCAAAAAUAUUAGAGGCGGACAAAGUAUUUGGGAUACCUCUCGCAGACAUCUAG